CGGCCGCUCCGCUUCCGGCGGCCGCUGCGGAGGCGAUGGUGGAGGAGGGCGGCGGCGGCGGCGCCAUGAGCUUCCUCAAGCGGUUCCCGCCGCCCGCCGAGGGCGUUCGGCACCGGCAGCAGGACACCGAGGCGGUGCUGGGGGGGCGCUCCCUGGGCUCCGGCACGCUCUACAUCGCCGAGAGUCGCCUGACUUGGCUGGAAAACUCAGGAGUUGGCUUCUCCUUGGAUUACCCUACCAUAAGUCUCCAUGCAGUCUCCAGGGACCUGAGUGCCUACCCCUGGGAGCACCUGUACGUCAUGGUCAAUGCCAAAUUUGAAGAGGAGACAAAAGAGGCUCCCAUGGCUGAAGGGGAGGAAGAAGAGGAGGAGGAGGACAGCGAUGACGACACUGAACCUAUUGCAGAAUUCAGAUUUGUACCUAGUGACAAAUCAGCCUUGGAAGCCAUGUUCUCAGCCAUGUGUGAGUGCCAGACCCUGCACCCAGACCCAGAGGAUGAAGAUUCAGACAAUGACUACGAAGGGGAGGAGUACGACGUUGAGGCCCAUGAGCUGGAGCAAGGAGACAUCCCAAGCUUCUACACCUACGAAGAGGGCUUGUCGCAGUUAACCGCGGAAGGUCAGGCCACUCUGGAGAGGCUGGAGGGCAUGCUAGCCCAGUCUGUCAGCAGCCAGUACAACAUGGCUGGAGUCAGAACAGAAGACUCCAUCAGGGAGUUUGAAGAUGGGAUGGAGGUGGACAUAGCACCAGUAGUUGCUGGGCAGUUUGAGGACGCUGAAGUCGAUCACUGAGAAGGGUGCUAUUCCUCCCGUGGCACUUGCAGGAUAAGCUGUAAAUCAGAAGGUGUUGCGGUGACUAUCCGGGAGUUAACUUUCCUUUGAAUGACCUAAGCUUAGCCCUCUAGGUCUGUAAAUGCUUUUCUAGGUGUUACCAAACCAGGGUUUGACAUUUGUGACCACUCUGAGGUUAUUUAAAACAAGGAAACAGACAAGGAAAAGAGUAAAACCUCUCGCAUCUAACACUUGAAUGGGCCUAAUCAGGGGGAUCGUUUCAAAGAAGCCUUUCUUAAGAGGUCUGGGAUUUGAGAAAUUAAAGUGAAACUGAGAACAGAAUUUUUAGACUGUCCUGGAAUUUUCCCUAUUUUUUUAUACCUGAUGAUUGGAUCUGUGGAGCAGAACAGCCAUAGAAAUGUUGCAAAAUCUGACUAAGAGGAUUAAAAGCAAAGCUAAAUGUGCUGCCCCUCGACUUUCAGUGCUGUCCCUUUCACUUCUCUGAGAGAGCAGAGUUUGGCUGGUGGGGAGGUGGAAUGCAGCCCAGGGAAGUCCUGAACCAGAACUGUUUGUGUCUUUGUAUUAAAUGUUAACAACAUUGAUAAAUAAACUAAGAUCUUCUUUUUUGUAUCUCA